UCGUUGUUUAUUUUAAUAGGAGAGCAGCCAAACACAAGUCCCAUGUUCAGCCCUGAACACUGUGUAUUUGGCUACAGUGCUGCUAGCCCUCUUUCAGAGGAUGAAGAGAAUGAAGAAGUGUUCAGCCCUUUUACGUUUAUUAAGAACAUUCCGAAUCGUUCACAACAGUCCAGGCCUGUCUCAGCAGUGCGGGACAUUCCGCCAAAGACGAGGAGCACACCUGCUGCUACACUGGUGCUUGAUUUGGAUGAAACCCUCGUGUUCAGUUCACUCAAUGUGAUUCAUGAUGCAGAAUACACCUUCAAUACCCGCUUUCAAGAUCACAAGUACAAGGUUUACGUGAUCCUCAGACCAUAUGUCAAAGAGUUUCUACAAGCCAUGACCAAACAUUUCGAGAUGUUUGUUUACACCUCUGCAAAAAAGGAAUACGCAGAGAAGAUUGUAGAUAUAUUGGACCCUAAUAAAAAGCUCUUUAGGCAUCGUUUGUAUCAGGACGAUUGUGCCUGUGUGCUUGGACACUACAUUAAAGACUUAACCAUUCUGGAGAGAGACCUGUCGAAGACAGUCAUCCUGGACAAUGCCCCACACACCUUCCCAUAUCACCUGAUGAAUAUGAUUCCCAUAAAAAGCUGGAUUGGAAAUCAAGAGGACAGUGAGCUGCAAAAGCUCAUUCCGUACAUGGAGAAACUAGUGCGUGCGGAUGACAUCAGAAAUGUUUUAAAGAAGAGAACCGAUCACUUCCACAGGCUGCUUUCUGAAGACUAAUCCCUGUAUUAAAUGUAAAUAAAUGUAAAGCCAUGCUUGUAAAUGCCAGUGAAAUUCCUAUGCUCCAUACUGCAUACAAGGCCAAACGUGUAGUAUGAUUUUAUAUUAGAGAAUAGUCUUAACAGUUCACCUGUAAUCAUCCUGGUCAGCUGGGGUUCUGACCCUUCUUGAAGAAUAGGACUGGAUUCUUUCCUUUAAUUUAUUGAUAAACCUUGAGUUAUUUGUACAGGUUUGUGCCAUUGGAAGAAUGCUUUCACACUUUAAUCUGUUAAAAUUAAUUUCAAUAUGUAUUCUACUCAGAAUUCUAUUUCUAAAGGAUGCUUAGGCCAGUUUUCAGGAACCAAUAAAGU